CGCUGUCUAACGAAAAGGGGUUAUCGGUGUGAGGAGAUUUCUUAUUAGUAGACAUGGUAGAGAAAUAGUGUAACGGGACCGUGCAGCGCUUGUUGUCACAUGUGAUCAGCUGUGGUUUGAUGUUCAGGUGAAAGUAGGAUGAGGUGAAGGUCACAAUGGCCAUGUUCACCAAACUUGCAUUCUACCCAACAGUGGGCUACACGCUGUUCAUGGCACAGGUGACAUCACGGAAGUACUAUAACAGGAUUGAUGACACAGUUGUGCUGGGAGCUUUGCCAAUCAAGUGGAUCCUGAAAGAGCUGGUUGCCAAGGAGAAUGUUACUGCAUUGGUGUCGGUCAACGAGAACUUUGGUGAUCUUCAUCAGUAUGGCAUCGAGCAGCUUCAGCUUCCCACAGUGGACUACGUGGGUACUCCAUCACAAGACAACAUCCGCCGUGCCGUGAACUUCAUCAAUACGUACAGGGAGAGGAAGGAGACGGUCUAUGUUCACUGCAAGGCUGGGAGGACACGCAGCUCCACAGUAGUGGCGUGCUAUCUGAUGGAGGCUUACAACUACACUCCAGAGCAAGCAGUGGACUUCAUCAAGGCCAGAAGAAAGCAUGUAUGGAUCAGGGAAAAGCAGUGGAACUCCAUCCGAACCUUCUACAAGGAUAUGCACAAGGACCCAGUGUCUGACUGAUAAUGGAAAGAUGGAGUGAGGCAGUAGCCCCUGACCCUAGUUCAACCUGUCCAAGUCACUCUUGGUCACUCUGGGCCUGUUUCAACCAGUUUGAGUCAUUUUAGGCCAUUCUGGGCUUAUUUCAGCCUGUUUGAGUCUCUCUAGGGCACUGUGAGUCUAUUUCAACCUGUCCAAGUCACUCUGGGCCUCUUUCUCUUUCAGGC